AUGGCCCGUCUAGGCCGUUUCGGCUUCUUAGGCGUAGCCAUUGUCUUUCAUAUUGUUUACAUAUCUUCCAUCUUUGAUAUUUAUUUCGUUAGCCCAAUUGUUCAGGGCAUGACCUCCUAUGGCGUCCAAAGAAAGGCUGGCACCGAUGCUCCCGCAAAGAGACUCGUCUUGUUUGUUGGAGAUGGUUUACGCGCCGACAAAGCAUUUCAGUCAUUUCCCGAUCCGUCACCUCAAAAAGCAGACGCCCCGGGCGCCCUUCAGCCUCGACCACUCGCGCCAUACCUGCGUUCAAAAGUCCUGCACAGCGGGACGUUUGGGGUCUCACAUACACGCGUACCAACAGAGUCACGGCCGGGACAUGUCGCUCUGAUCGCAGGGCUUUAUGAAGAUGUAUCCGCAGUCACGACCGGGUGGAAGCUGAAUCCGGUGAACUUUGACAGCGUUUUCAAUCGGAGCAGACACACAUGGAGCUGGGGAAGCCCAGAUAUCUUACUUAUGUUCAAAGAGGGUGCCUUACCUGGAAGAGUGGAUGCGGACUGCUAUGGGGAAGAGUUUGAGGAUUUUACGAAGGACGCUACCAUGUUAGAUACUUGGGUCUUCGAUAAGACCAAGAAACUCUUUGGGACGGCUGCACGAAACACAACCCUUGAUCAAAGUCUUCGCCAAGACAAGAAUGUGUUCUUCCUCCACCUACUGGGUCUCGACACUACCGGGCACGCAUAUAGACCUUAUUCAAAAGAAUACUUGCAUAACAUUAAGGUUGUGGACCAAGGCGUCAAGGAAAUCACAAGACUAAUAGAUGACUUCUAUGGAGAUGGCCGAACGGCAUUCGUAUUCACAGCCGAUCACGGAAUGAGCGAUUGGGGUAGCCAUGGCGACGGGCACCCAGACAACACGCGCACCCCUUUGAUCGCCUGGGGCUCCGGCGUUGCUAAACCGGUCAUAAACUCUCUUGGGAAGGCUGAGGGGCAUCAAGACAAAUUUUCAUCCGAUUGGGGCUUCGAUCAUAUUCAAAGAAAUGACGUCUCCCAGGCAGACGUUGCAGCACUCAUGGCCUACCUCGUUGGUCUUGAUUUUCCGGUCAACUCGGUCGGCGAGCUGCCGUUGGCGUAUCUUUCCGGAAGUCUCAAAGACAAGGCUGAGGCGGCUCUGGCCAAUGCUCUCGCUGUGCUAGAGAUGUAUCGCGUCAAGGACGAGCAGAAGAGGGCUACCGAACUCCGCUAUAAACCGUUUCCGCCUUUAGGAGAUGAAGGAUACUCCAUGCAGCACCGUGUGCAAAACAUUCGCAAUCUUAUCAGUUCCGGUAAAUUUGAUUCUGCAAUCACAAGCAGUCAGGAACUCCUCCAGAUUGGGCUUGACGGACUGAGCUACCUACAAACGUAUGAUUGGUUGUUCCUACGGGCUCUUGUGACAUUAGGUUAUUUGGGGUGGAUUGCGUUUGCAAUUAGCACCGUUAUUGACAUGCACGUACUACACGGUAGAACAGUGAUACUGCGAACUAAUUUCAAUACUGCUAUCUUCGGUGCUAUUGGGGUCGUCUUAUUCUCAUCUCUUUUGAUAAGGAGAGCACCUCCCACUUAUUACCUUUAUGCCAUCUUUCCACUUUUCUUUUGGGAAGAAGUGCUGUCACGAAGCCAAGCCCUUCGACUAGGAUAUAUGACUCUCCUCCGUGAGGUGAAGAGUCAAAAGGAAAAGUUUAUGCUUGGGUUAGAAACGCUUUUUUGUGUGGGAAUAUUGGAGGCGCUUGUUGUAUCAUACUUCCAUCGGACCGUGUACACGAUUUGCUUUCUUGCGGCUCAGUUCUGGCCAUUCUUGUACGGACGCGACUUUGUCAGAAGUGACAAGGCACUUAUAGUCACCUGGUGUAUUGCUUGUCAAGCUAUGAGCAUAUUCACGCUCUUAGAUGCUAUCAAGGUUGAGAACACUAUUGUAAUUUUACUUGGAGGGACGUUGAUGGCACUUGUUGGUGUAUUAUACUUAUUCUUCGAAAAAAGCAUUCUGUCAUCAUCGAAAGGCAACAACAGAUCCGGCCACACACUUGAUGGAAACUCAAAAGCUGUGAUUGGAAUUCAAAUCGGGCUCAUUCUGCUAGCUAUGUUUGUAACGAGAUCAAGUGUCGCAUCGUUGCAGGCAAAACGAGGCUUACCUUUCGGCAAUCAAGUGGUUGGCUGGAUUGUUUUGGCAUCCUCACUAACAGUUCCAUUUCUAUAUGGAUUCAAUUCUAACAACCACUACCUUCACCGUCUAGUCGUCAUCUUCCUCACCUUCUCACCUAUCUUCAUCAUCCUCACGAUUUCUUACGAGGGCUUGUUCUACUUCACCUUCUGCGCAACGCUCGUGACUUGGGUUCGACUGGAACACCACGUUUAUAUGUUCAUGCAGUCAUCAUUAUCCUCACCACCGACGCCGAUACUCCGAAGCAAGCGGCUUUCAGAUGCAACAUCCGACAUCCUAAAACAGCUCAAAUCGUCGACUGAGUCAGCCUCAGAUCCAGACAGCAGAUCCCCACAUGGCGCAUACCGGCCAUUGGCACUAUCUGACGUCCGAAUCGCUCUGUUCUUUCUUUUUCUACUUCAAUCAGCUUUCUUUUCUACCGGAAACAUUGCGUCGGUCUCAUCUUUCUCCCUCGAUAGCGUAUAUCGGUUGAUCCCUGUCUUCAACCCCUUUUCUCAAGGCAUUCUACUAAUUAUAAAACUGAUGAUACCCUUCGCUGUUAUCAGCGCAAACUUGGGAAUUCUCAACAGGCGGCUUGGAGUUGCACCAAGCAGUCUAUUCAUGGUAGUCAUGGCUAUCAGCGAUGUCUUGACGAUGAACUUCUUCUGGCUAGUCAGGGAUGAAGGAAGCUGGCUGGACAUUGGAACGAGCAUAAGUCAUUUUGUAAUUGCUAGCCUGUUGUGUGUCUUCGUGGCUGGAUUGGAGUUUGUAUCAGAGGUUUUCAUCAGCGGAGUGGAUGUUGAGACCGAAGACCACAAAGCUCAAUUGAAUGGAUUAGCUGCCGAGGGAAAAUCUCACACAUCGAAUGAAAAUGGAGGUUUAGUUGCCAAUGCCAAUGGCAAUGCCGCACGGUAG